CAGAAAUAAACAAAAAUAUGAUUAUGACUCAUUUUUUGAGGUUAAUAAAGCAAACCCGUUAAUUGCAAUCGAAAUUUUUGGAGCAACUUGAUCGAUAUGUUUAAUUUUUGGUCCAAACCAGAUCCCAAAGAAGAGCAAAAGGAAAACGACAGACAACUAAGAAAAGCCAACAGAGACAUUGAGAGGGAUCGGCUCAAGCUCGAAAGGGAUGAAAAAAAAUUGGAGUUAGAAAUCAGGAAACUUGCCAAAGAAGGCAACAACGAAGGAUGUCGGUUGUUGGCCAAGCAACUGGUACAGCUCAGAAAACAGAAAAACCGUUCCUAUGCAGCUAGUAGCAAAAUCACUGGAAUUCAAUUCCAGAACAAGGCUAUGGGGGCGAAUCAAAAAUUAGCUGAAUCAAUGGGUGUUGCGGGCAAAUCUAUGGCAAAUAUGAACAAAUUGAUGAGGCCUGAACAGAUUGCAGCAACUGUUAAUGCAUUCUCCAGGGAAAAUAUGAAAAUGGAGAUGACUGAUGAAAUGAUUAAUGAUACAUUGGAUGAGAUGCUGACGGAAUCAGGAGAUGAAGAGGAGAGUGACAACAUUGUAACACAAGUUUUGGAUGAAAUUGGUAUAGAAAUAAGUGGAAAAAUGUCUGGUGCUCCUUUACCUGAAUCAGGAAAAAUAGGUGAAAAAUCCAAAGCUCUUACAGAUGAUGAGAUUGAAGCACAAUUAGCCAAACUUAAGGGGUGAUUUUUUAUACACAUCAUUUUUAAUGUUAUAUAUCAAUUAAUUUUUGUUUCUUUAUUGUUAUAUUUAAAUUAAUAAAAUAUUGC